AUGGACAAUCCAUUAACAUACAAUGUGCCACCAAAGCCCAAGAAAGACAAAGUUAUUACCGAUCUACCUCCCGACUUUUGGUUUUGUUUAUGUAAAACCCACGUGCAUGUAAGUGACUUUAUCGAAUAUCAAGCUGUGAUCAGGCAGUUCAACUCAAGUUUUCUAUUUUUAUGUUGAAGCAGUUUACGUAUUUGCUAUAGUAAGGGUGUUUUUACCCUGUAACUUAUUUGCUACCUUAAAUUUUAAAAGGCACGUGAAUCUAGCUUUACUUUAAGCUACGCUACUUUAUUGUACAUUAUUUUUCUCUACUGUACCUUACCUUAUUCUACUCAGCUUUACUUUAUUAUAUCGUAUCUUGCCUUAACCUACUUUACUUUUACUCUGGUUUACCCUACCAUACCCGGCCUUGUUCUACUUUAACUUACAUUAUCAUACUCUAUCUAGCCUUACUUUAUCUUACUUUACUUUAUUUUAUCUUGUCUUAUACUAUUUUACUUUACCAUACUCUACUCUAACAUAUCCUACUUUAUUCUACUUUACCCUGCUCUACCCUACAUUAUCUUACUACAUUCUUGCUUUUACCAACUGUAAUUAACAUAGUUAAACCCCCUAAACAAAAAAUUGUUAAAUGCUACUUUGAAGCCUAAGUAGCACCAUACACCCUAAAAUAUACUCUACUAUAAUAUAAUGUCAUCCUCAUCCGUAACCGCUUCUGAAUUCCGUGACUUUCAGAAAGGCUCAUUUAUUGUUGGUCUAGUUGGAGCCAUCAUAACAUUACUUUACUUUGUUUACAUCUGUUUCGACACUGACAGCUGGGAAAUGAUGGCUCUAUCAGCACCAAGCGUCGUAUCAUACCUAUUGUUGAUGUUAGGACAGAAGAAGGAAAAGGUUGGAUUGUAUUGGCCACAUUUGAUUAUUAAUGUAAGUUGUGGUUGAUAUUAGACUUAUUUUUUAAUUAGGCUUAAAAAAUUUUUCAGAAAUUUUAUUUUUUUAAUUUUUAAAAUUUUUGAUUUUUUUUUAUUCUUUAUUAAGUUGAUAAAUAAUUUUAGUCCCUAUACCUCCUUGGCUACCUAACCUUCAUUGUCUUACUCUCACUUCAAAUGAAAGAAGCUUAUGAUACAGUAUUCCCACCUGACAUGCCUCCAGAACAAGUAGCAUACUACAAACAUAUUGGCCGUAUCUUCUACAUUCGGCAUUCACUAGCCAUUGCAGUCACAACAAUUUUGAUGAUCAUCACUUGCUACCUACUCAAGGUGGCAUACAGAGGCUUCAGAUACGUUAGUGAAGUCAUCAACCCUUCCAAGGAACUGUCUCCAGAACUUAGAGUAAGUUAUUGGUUUUUAAUGUUGUAUUUUAGACCCUACCUUACCCUACCCUACCCUACCCUACCCUACCCUACCCUACCCUACCCUACCCUACCCUACCCUACCCUACCCUACCCUACCUACCCUACCCUACCCUGAUUUACUCUACUCUAUUCUACUCAACUCUACCUUACCGUACUCUACCCUACUCUACUUUACAGUACUUUAGUUUCUAGUGGGCCUAGUCUAUACCGAAGCCCUAACGUUAUCUAAAACUAAACUCUAGGUCUGAAAAAAGGCCCAAUAUGCUUAGGCCGGUCUCAAAAAAACUUAAAAAACUGGGCCAGCGCAUAUCAGCCCUAGAGCCGAAACUCAAACCAAACCAAGGCGUGCUCCUUUUUAAGUCUACUUACCUCUAAUGAAGCCCUACCAUUUACGCAAACCCUCCUCUAAACAAAAAAAUUCUAUUAUACUUCUAACCCAAAACUCAGAUCGACCUUCUUUUAUUAAAUUCACAUUAACCACGUUCAGGCCCAAGUCCGAGACUUUGUCCGCCGACAAGAAGAAGCCUACAACGCACCCACGCCUUCCAAUCAAAGUCUGUCGAUUUCGACUCGUGACUCUGUUGGGGUUCCGAACUCAACGUCCACGCCGAUAGCUUCUCCACAGUCUCGCCAGAACUCACACUCAUCUCCAGCUGUAUAUAAGAUAUAA